AGAAAGGACGUUUCAGCAGCUUUCGAUAUUUGCAUUCAAAGUUUUACUUAAUCACUUUUUUGUAUUUACUGAGCUGUAAAAAAUAAAGAAAAUAAAUAAUUUUCUUAAUUUACAAAUAACUAAUUUAAAAAAGCAAUAUGGGAAAAUAUGUGGUAUACGAUUGCGAUGUUGGCACUGACGAUGCUUGGGGCCUGAUGAUGCUCAUCAAAGCUGAGGAAGCAUAUAAAAGACGUGUCGAUCUAGCGAACUCCCCUUCAAAGUUUGAAAUCAUUGGCAUCACAUGCGUGCAAGGAAACACUGAGGUGGAUUAUGCAGUGAUAAAUACACUCAGAGUGCUAGAUGCAGCUAAUCGAAAUGAUAUACCAGUUUAUAAAGGUUGCAGUAACCUUGUCAAACCACGAGCCUGGGAGAAUCCUAAGUAUUUUGCUGGAAAAGAUGGAUUUGGUGAUGUGAAACAUGAAAAACCAGUUGAUCUGAGUUUAGUGCAACCGAUGCAUGCGGUAAAUGCAAUGUACGAUUUUGUUUGCAAGCAUCCGAAAGGAGUUGACUUCUUAUUAGUGGGACCACUCACAAAUUUUGCCAUGUGCAUUAGUAUGUAUGGCUCAAAAUUUUUGGACAACGUUGGACAAAUUUUCAUUAUGGGCGGCAAUUAUCGAGGCAAAGGGAAUACUACCAAAAGUGCCGAGUUCAAUUUUAUGAUGGAUCCAGAAGCUGCGCACAUUGUUUUAGCCAACGUAAAAACGCCCUUAACUAUUCUGCCAUGGGAAGCGUGCGACGAUGGAGCUGCUCGUGUUACUCUUGAUUGGCGUUUAAACGUUCUUGGCUCUGUGCAAACUCCUUUUAUCGACCUACUGAAUCGCGUGGAGCGCGCUCUGCUCAUACCGAAAGGUACCAAACGUUGGUUGGUUUGUGAUGCAUUGGCCGUUGCUGCCUACCUCUUUCCCCAUUUGGUGGUGAAGGAGACGCAGCUACAUCACGCAACCAUUGAGCUGGCCGGUAUUCACACACGUGGCCAAAUGGUAAUAGAUCACUUGCAUCAGGAGCAGAAAAAUGCGAAUAUUAUUACAGUUGUAAACAUCGAUAACUAUCAGAAAAUUAUUGCAUGGACCGGUGGAGUGAGAGGAGUGCACAUGGAAUGUGAAUUGGGGAAAUCGCAAUAAACCAAAUUUGGUAUACUGUUAUAA